AUGUCUGCCAAAGAGAGAUUAAAAGGGAAGGUGACCAAAGACAGCGUUACCUUGCUGCCUUGUUUCUAUUUCGUUGAGCUCCCGAUCAUGGCCUCCUCUGUGGUCAGCCUAUAUUUCCUGGAGCUGACCGACGUGUUCAAACCGGUGCGGUUGGGUUACAGCUGCAAUGACCGCAGUCUGAGCAUGCCCUACAUCAAGCCCGCUGAGGAAGUCAUCCCUUUCCUCAUGCUCUUCAGCCUGGCCUUCGCUGGACCUACAGCUACGAUAAUGAUAGGAGAAGGUAUCCUGUAUUGCUGUCUGUCUAGGAGAAAGACUGAGGUCAAAACAGAGGCCAAUAUCAAUGCAGCUGGCUGCAAUUUCAACUCGUAUAUACGGCGUGCUGUUCGGUUUGUUGGGGUCCACGUAUUUGGACUGUGCCUCACGGCUCUCAUCACUGAUAUCAUCCAGCUGUCGACGGGCUACCACACCCCAUACUUCCUGACAGUGUGUAAACCCAAUUACACCACGCUCAACUUGACCUGUGAUGACAGCUCCUUCAUCACAGAGGACUUCUGUUCUGGAGGAGCAGACCCAGCCAUCAUCAACGCUGGCAGGAAGUCCUUUCCCUCGCAGCAUGCCACUCUGGCCGCCUUCGCUGCUGUCUACGUCUCUAUGUACUUCAACGCUACGUUGACGGACUCCUCCAAGCUGCUGAAGCCCCUGCUGGUCUUCACCUUCAUCAUGGGUGGCAUCAUCUGUGGCCUGACCCGCAUCAUCCAGUUCAAGAACCACGCCAUCGACGUCUACUGUGGCUUCCUCAUCGGAGGAGGGAUCGCCGUCUACCUGGGUCUGUAUGCAGUGGGUAACUUCCAGCCUACUCGGGACACGUCCAGACAGCUGCCCCAGCCUCCCCCGCUCCGCGAGCCCCCCAGGAGCAACACCGUGCCCAACGUCAGCCAGAGCGCAGGGCGCCACCUGCAGCCCAACAGCCUCAACAGCAUGAACAGCCUGAACAGCGCCAGCACCACCGACAGCCUCACCGCCGCCCGUCCCGCGACCCUCCUGACCCGGGUCCCCUCCUGCCGCGAGUCCAGCUCCCUGAACAACCUGAAGAGGGCCAGUGCUGACGUGGAGUGCAUCACCUCGUCAAGCACCCUGUGUAAACAGGACAGCCUGGUGACCUUUAACAGUAGCACGUUACCCAGGUCGCACGGCGGCUCGCUCCCCGAGGAGCACCGUGUCCCGCGCCGCCACGCCAGCAUCCACGCCUCCAUGGACUCCACGCGCUCCAAGCAGCUGCUGUCUCAGUGGAAGAGCAAGAACGAGAACCGCAAGCUCUCUCUUCAGGUGAUGGACAGUGGGGUGGUGGUGGGACGCCACCAUUCAACGUCCUCCUCCUCCUCGCCUCAGAGGACCAUGGAGCUGAGGUGCAGCUCUGAGCCAUCCGCCAUGGGCCUGGAGGCGGAGCUCCGUGCUCAGGGACACAUCCCCGCCCAGUACAUGAAGCUGGCAGCUAGCAUCGUGCCGCUGUCCAACCACCUCCCUCACAAUGGGGGCAGCAGCGGCCUGGCUGCGGGGGCCCGCGUCUCCAUCCAGUCCCGGCCAGGCUCCUCCCAGCUGGUCCACAUCCCCGAGGAGACCCAGGAGCACAACAGCAGCACCUCCACCAGGGAGGAUGAGGAUGACGAGGACAGGGAGGAUAGCUAUGUCGGUGGUGGGAUCCCUGGCGGGGGAGGCUCCGUGCGCUCCAAGUGGCUGAAGGUGGCCAAAGAGGGCGCCCUCUGCAGGACUAACAGCCUAACUAACCAGCCGCGCAUCAUGCAGGUCAUCACCGUGUCCAAGCAGCAGGGUCUGCUCCAACACGGCAGCCCCAAGAGCUCUGAGGACGGUAGCGUGGUCAGCUGCACAGGCUCCAUCCAUUACAAGGCCCUGACAGACCAGGAGCCCGGCCAGGGCAUCGUGAGGGUGGAGGCCCACCCGGAAAACAAGCCUGUGAUCAAGCCUCCGGAUGGCAGUGGCUCCUGGAGGUGGAAGCCGCAGGAGCAACGGGGCAGCAUCCGCCAGUCCUUUGAGCUCAACGACCUCAACCGCGACUCGGAGAGCUGCGACUCGCUCAAGGACGGCUACGGCUCCAUCGACGGGAGGAUGAGUCAGACGGGCACGGACACUGGCAGCGAGCGUGGCGGUGGGGGUCACCCCCACGUGCACCACCCACACUACCACCACCACCACCACCACCCCCACCAGGGCAUCACCACCAUCCGUGUGACCCCUGUGGAGGGACUAAGUGGAGGGGGCAGCGAGGCCGCCUCCGAGACCCUUUCCAUCGCCUCCAGUCGGGAGUCCACCCUGCGGAGGAAGGGCAAAAUCAUCCUGCUCCCGGAUAGAGGUCCAAGUCCGGACAACUCCAGGAACUAUUUCAAAGGAACCUCCCCCACACCGCCCCCCACCCUGGGUCUGGCGUAUAGGGAGUGA